CUGGAGAAGCUGAUGACUAUGAGAGAGAGUCAGUAACUGCAAGUGAUCCACUCCGUGUUGCUGUCUCAGUGGAAUCACUCAUGUUUGAGAAAUUGGGUCGCUCAACUGGAGCUCAGAAGCUCAAGUACAGAUCUAUAAUGUUCAACCUGAGGGACAGUAACAACCCAGACUUAAGAAGAAGGGUUCUCACCGGGGAGAUUUCACCAGAGAAACUCAUCACAUUGUCAGCUGAAGAAAUGGCAAGCGACAAGAGGAAACAAGAAAACAACCAGAUCAAAGAGAAAUACCUGUUUGAUUGUGAGCGUGGUCUUGCAGCAAAAGCAUCUACUGACCAGUUCAAGUGCGGGCGGUGUGGUCAGCGCAAAUGCACCUACUAUCAGAUGCAAACAAGAAGUGCUGAU